AUGCCAGGUGCCAGCCUAGAUCUCAUCACUGAGACGAACGGGUUGGAAGCAAUUGUCAAAAUUCCUUUCGACUCUGAGUUCAUGGAGAUGGCACGUAUCAAGGAUCCGUAUCAUCGCAUGGACUACGCCGUUCCCCUCGACAACAUUACCGCUCUCUCAGAUUGA